CCCUCCGCUGGCUGAAGCGGGCCUCCCAGCUGACCUGCCCCAAGCGGGUGCUGUUCUCCGAGUCGCUGUUCCCACGGGGAGCACGGCCACCGCCCUCCAGAUUGAGGCCGGGGCAUCUGGGUAGCAUCGAGGAGCAAGGGCUGCGCAGGUACAAAACUCAAAACAUGAACAACAGUACAUAUUACCAAUGUUCAAAGUUGAUUUGGCUAGAACUGCGAUACAGUUGGCUACGACUUAUUCCAGAGGAAUUAUAAAAGUCAAAGUGAUGGACAACAGAAAAGAGCCUCCAUUCUUCAAUGAAGAUAACGUGGGACCAUAUUACUAUAAACUUUCUUUCUGUGAUACCAUGGAACUCUUCAUUGAAACAUUGACUGGAACUUGUUUUGAGCUGAGAGUUUCACCCUUUGAAGCUGUUAUUUCUGUGAAAGCAAAAAUUCAAAGAUUGGAAGGUAUUCCCAUCUGUCAGCAGCACUUAAUUUGGAAUAACAUGGAACUUGAAGAUGAUUAUUGCUUGAAUGAUUACAACAUUUCAGAAGGUUGUACCUUGAAGCUGGUAUUGGCUAUGCGUGGUGGACCUAUAAAUACUAGAAAAGUUCCUGUGGAAGAUCCACUUAGGGAGAUGGCUGAGUACAUGGAUUCCAGUCGAGAUGAGGUCUGGGAGAAGACCUCCUGCAACAAACAAGUUACAUAUUUGGUAUACCGAGAAGGAGAUCAAUUGAAUUUCUUUCGUGUAGUAGAUAGGGGAGAUGGCACUUUAACACCAUUAUCUGAAUCUUUAAGAGGUGGUUCAGUGUAUAAUUUGUAUACAGAUGAGAAUGAAGAAGUUGAGCCUUCUCCUUCUGGGCAACAGAUCAUUGAAAAUUCAAUAACUAUGAAUAAAAUGAAGCUGCUUAAGGCUAAGAUGGAGAACAUGAAUCUCAGCAAAAAGUUUUUAUGGAUUUGGUGUGCCCUUUUCUUUUUCUUUUCUGAUUUUUCCCAUAAUUUUAUUUAUUUGCCUAAGAAAGUUGUCAAAGUAAAACCUCAUCCACCUAUAGCUUCUCGACCUUCUAGCAGUUCCACAGCAGCAGCACGCCACAGGUUGUUAAGAGUCCUGCCACACAUUGGGCAAUCUUGUUUAUCUUCUCCUGGAAAUGAAUAUCUACCAGAACCAUCCAGGAAGGCAGCUGCAACUUUGGCAACUCAGCCCCCUGCAGAUAGACCUAUUUCGUCUCUCACUGGUGAAGCACUUAAGGAGGAGAAUAACUGGGAGAGUAACACUCUGUCUCAUCCUAGCAGUAACAGCAGACUGAUACCUCAGGUACCCCAUAUGGAGUUGGAAAGUGGUGGAGAGCUUGCUGGUUCUGUUCUUGGAUCAUCCCUGCCCAGGCGGACAAAACACAUUUCAGGGAACUUACCCUCUAAUAACAAAGAUGAUAGUGUCUUAUUUCCAACUUCAGAAAGGAGUGUACCUGGAGAAUCACUUCUACUUAAAGUGGGUCCAUUUGCCUCGGUUUCAGAAGGAAAUGCUACUGAACAGAACAGUAGCUUAGAAGGCGUUCGAAAGGCAAACACAGAGCUCUUACUCACUAAUGAUGACAAAGGGUUGAGAGUCACAGAGCAGCAUCUGAAACACGUUACACGAGUGUUGAGUGGUGAGUCAGUAGACACUGCAGUUCUCAACCACCGCGAAUUAAGUCCUCACAAGAAUGGACUGUUGUCACCACUUCGCUGUUCUGCUCCAAUGCCACUGCGUAAUUCUCUGGUGAAACCACAGAGACAGUCCAAAUGUUUGGAGUCUGGGAACCUCCCUUCUGCUUCACAAAACACGCUCAGGUCAUUGGAUGUUCGAACCAUGGCAGAUUCUUCCUUCUCUAGGACUACUCGCUUUCGUGGUAUUAAAGUUGAUUCGCCUGGGAAAAGAUCUGAUAUUAUUUCCAAAGUUGAGGCUCGGGACAUUACAGAAAUAGCCAACAAGGCUUCCAAAGAGCCCGUUGGUUGUGUAAAUAAUGUCGGUUUUUUUGCUUCACUGGCGCAGAGCGCAAGAAAAGACAGUUUACAGAGCACACGUGGGGCAGGCAGGCUCCGGCCCUCUGGAAUUGGUCUGUCUACAAACCUUCAGCAUUUUCAGGAAGAAAGCCUUAGGAAAAGUUCUCCCCAGUCAGAACCUACAGAUUUUUUUCUAUCUGCCCGUGGUAUUGGAAUGAAUGGAAAUAAUGCAGCAGCAGGGAAAAGAGUAGGGGAAUGUACCCAUCACCUCCCACCUGUGAAAGCCCCUCUUCAAACAAAGAAAAAAACAACAAAGCAUUGUUUUCUUUGUGGAAAGAAAACUGGACUGGCUACUAGCUACGAAUGCAGAUGUGGAAACAACUUCUGUGCAUCUCAUCGCUAUGCAGAAACUCACGGCUGCACCUAUGAUUACAAGAGUGCAGGGAGGAGAUACUUGCAGGAGGCAAAUCCUGUGGUUAAUGCACCAAAACUUCCAAAAAUCUAACUCUUCCUCUGCAUCUUACUGUUCUGCCUGAGGAAUCGUAUUAUAUUAACAGAAGAAAUAUUGUUUAGACUGCAUUAUUUUUAUUUGACUCCAAAAAGAUUUGCCAAGUAACAAAAGCAUAUAACGCAUAUUGUUGGAGGAUGAGAACACUACUCUAUUUGAUGUCUUUAUUCUUUGGUGAAUCAAAAGUUUUAAAAGUAGUUUUAAAAACUUUGCACUAUAAUGAUUUAGCUUUGUUAUUGCAUGUCUGUGUUAAGUGUUUUAUGUUUGAUUUUGCAAUUUUACUAGACAAGUCUUCAAAAGAUGCACUUUAGGAAGUUAAUAUUGACUGUGUAACCAGGCCUCCAUGUUGUACAGAAAUGAGUGGUUGUGUAAUGUCUCUACUCAAAUUGACCAAGUUUUUUCUUUUGUGUUGGGGGGGCAGGUGGGGACUUUUUUUUAAAUCCCAUGUGUGGAAGUUUAUGGGGUUUACUAGCAAGUUCUUAUUUAUUUCAAACUACUUUUUGUAAAAAAGAACUUUUAGCUUUCCAGUGUGGUUUUUAACACAUAUAUAUUUCUUCCAUAUUCACAUUGGCAUUCAGAUAUGCAUCUAUUCCAUAAAACACAUCAUGUUAAUCAUAGUAUAUAUUCUUAAAGUACUACUUCUUAAAUGGUAGUUUUAAAAUAGAUGUCCCACUUAUUGCCAUUAAACACAAAAACUGUUUCAUUUUCCAAAAAAUGGCUGCAUUUAAAACAAAAUGUCACAGCUUGGUUUAUUUUUUCUUUGUUGAGUGCUACUACCAAGAGAAAUUCAAAUAAAUAUUCUAUUUCACUAUGA